AAAGGAAACGCAAAUCCACGAAGCCAAUGUAGCUACAGUGUAUUAGUAUACUUAGAUUCCACUGAAUGACAUGGGAUUUCCUUAUUUUUCUCUAUAAUAUUCUGGAAUGAUAAUUUAUUUUAUGUGAUAUUUUGUGAUGCAAUAAAUCGGAAUCGGAAAUACAUGUUGACAAGUUUAUAUGGAAUCUCUAUAGCUAAAUACUGUAUUUUCAUAAAAAAGAUUGAAUUGUCAAUAUGUCGGAUCCUGAACCAAGCAACUCUCCGGCGGAAAAAGCGAAUGAGGAACAGAAAUUGGCCCAAGAAGAAGGGGAGGUCACAGAGAAAGACGCUCCUGUAAACGAUACUGAGGAUAAAAAACCCGUGGAGGACAAAGGCACCGGUCAGGAGGAUCAAACAGGAAGUGGAUCGAAACAGGAAGCUGGUGAUGAGGGUGACAAGGAAGUUAAACCUGAGGAAACAAAGGAUGAAAACCAGAGUAAAAGCGAAGAUAAAGCGGAAGAGGUUAAGGAUGAGGGGAAGACAGAGAAAGAGGGUGAGGAGUCGGAGCGAAGGAGCCCUACUCCCGAGUACACGCCCCCUGAUUCAGCUGACCAAUCGCAGUCUGAUACAGAGCCCAAAAAAGAGGGUGACAAUAAAGAUGACCAGCCUGUGGAGUCCACAAAAGAGGCGUCAGUAGCUGGGGAGGAGACACUAGACGACCAGAUCAAGGACAUAUUGGAGGCCACCGAGGAGGACCACACAGAGAAAAAGCCAGAGAUUACUUCAGAGACGAAGGAGGACGUGAACACACAACCUGAGAUUGCUGCAACAGAAAGUGAAAAAUCCGAGGAAAAGGAUACCGAAAAUGUGAAAGAGAAAGAAGAGGAAGCAGCCAAGGAAACAGCAGAUAAUCAAGAAAGUGCAAAAGACAAUACCGACCCAAAAGAGGUUAAAAACCAGACUGAAAGUGACAAGGUUGUUGAGAACAUUACUGAAAAUACAGAAGUUGAAAAGACUGAGAGUUCUUCCAUCAUGGAGGGUGAAAAAGAACCUGUAGCUGUGGCAACGAAAGGAGAGCAGGCAGUGGCAGAAGUUAAGGAAGAGAAAAAGGAAGAGGAAAAAAAAGAGGAGCAGAAGAAAGAAGAAAAUAGUGAAGAGAAGAGCAAUGAAGAGCAAUUGGCGAAAACUCCUGAGGAAGAAUCCAAAGAGGUAGCAGAUCAAAAGAGAGAAGAGGAAGAAAAGCAAAAACAGGAAGAGGAAAGGCUGAAAAAAGAAGAGGAUAGAAAGAAAAUGGAAGAGGAGGAAGAGGAAAGAAAAAGGAAAGAAGCUGAGGAUGAAGAGAGGAAAAGAAAGGAGGAAGAGGAACAAAAGCAGAAGGAAGAGGAGGAAAAAAAGCAGAAAGAAGCUGAGGAGGAAAAGAGGAAAAAGGAAGAGGAAGAACAAAAAUUAAAGGAAGAGGAGGAAAGAAGGCUCAAAGAAGAGGAAGAAAGGAAGCAGAGGGAGGCUGAAGAGGAGGAGAGAAAGAGAAAAGAAGAAGAGGAGAAGCUUGAGUCUACGCUAUUAAACCAAAAUGCAGACAAAGAGACCAUGAAAUCGCUGAUUGAGGAGAAUGUCAAACUGAAGGAAGAUAUGGAGAAAAUGAAAGGAGAGUAUGAACUGAUCAAGGAUAAGGAAUCCAAAAUCUCCCAAGUGGAGAGAGAAAAUCAAGAAAAGUCGGAGCAAAUAAAGAAACUGGAGGUGGAGCUCGAGAAACUCAAAGUUCAGGUAUCUAACGGAACAGGAAGCGAGGGAUCAGUGCAGAAGAUAUCCGACUUAGAGAAAAAGCUAAUCCGACUGGCGAAGGAGGAUGAAGAGAAAGACAAACAGAUUACCUCCCUUAACAAAGAGCUACAGCAAACCAAGACAGAACUGCAGAAAAUGGAGAGAGGGGCACCAGCUGAAGGUGGGAACCAGCCAUCCAAGUCUUGUGUAAUCUUGUAGGUCCUGAGUCAAACUGCAUACUUUACAACUUUUUUUUCUGCUGGUGCAAGUUUUUGCAUUUUGAUCCCAAUAUAAAUUUUGACAAUUUUUUUGCAAUUUUUAGAUUAAUUAAUAAAGCACCAAUGUUUAAAAAAAUGUGAUUGAUUUUUUUUUAAUUUUUUGUAAUUGAGAUGAUACCAAAAAAUUUUGCCAAGGAGGUACCAGUCAGAAAAAUCCAUUACUUUGGUUUGUACUUCAUAUGCAUCAGAGGUGCUCAAUAGGGGUUUCUUCAUGUAUUUAUUGCUGACCAUGAACUAGUAAUUCCUGUUAACUUAUUUAUUCUGUCACAAUUGUUUUACUGUAAGAGAGUCUUAUAUUCUUAUAUUUGUAAGACUGUGAAUCAAAUGAUGGUACCCUUGUAAUUAUUUUCUGAAUUAACAGAAAAUUAUGUACAAUUUACAUUGUGUUUUUAUACAUGUCAUGUCCUUUUUUGUUGUGGAUCAGAAGCUCAUCAAAGCAAGCGUGAUUAUUGUAUGCUAGUCAGGAUCAAUAUACAUGUAUACAUGUGUGCAACUUGACUUGUACUUAUAUUGUACCAAGGCAUUUAGAUUUAACUGGGAGUUUAUAUUGUUUUGUUCCGUCCAU